CCCUCCCCUCCCCCUUAAUGAUUUGUUUCGCGUGUCUCUCGAGGGAACGUCUUAGGAAUGGUCAUUUUUAGCAGUGGAAUCUGCUGCGCAAAGGAGGAUUAUAACAAAUCUCUAUGAAUGAUAGACUCGAUUGCUAAACCUUGCCUUGGCCAACCUUCUGACCCUCGGAGAAAACUCUCAGGGUGUGCGUGGGAAGGAAAAAACCUUUCCAUUUGAAAAUAAACUUAAUAAAAAAAGACUUGAUUUUUUUUUUUGAGAGCCUAGCUGAUUUGUAAUGACUCUUUUUUUUUCUUUUUUGUCCUGUUUUGUGAUAAGUUGUUUUUAAAAGGAUUGUCCUACGUGGUUGUUUUGUAGCUGGUGGAGGAAGGAAGGAUCCCUCUCAAGCGUUUCUGAUAUGACAGCUUUGGUUUCUGAAGAGUUAAGUGGUGUUUGCAUGAUACACCUAUUGCUAGUCCGGUAGCAGAGUUUUCAUCGGUUUAUUUGCUUUUUUUAUUAACUGGGGCUGGUGGAGAGGGCUCUCCUGGCCAGAAGAAUAUUUGCACAUAUAUAUUUGUAUAUAUUUUUGGUGGGGUUCUCCCCACAUUUUACUCUUUCUUGAUGACUCCUGGAGGUGGUAGUGGGCCCAUGAAAGACUGUGAAUACAGUCAGAUCAGCACACACAGCUCUUCGUCUCCCAUGGAGUCUCCCCAUAAGAAAAAGAAAUCAGUUCCCAAGAGAAAAUGGGAGGUUUUUCCUGGAAGAAACAAAUUCUUCUGCAAUGGGAGGAUCAUGAUGGCACGACAGACUGGAGUCUUCUACCUGACUCUUGUUCUCAUCUUGGUCACCAGUGGACUCUUCUUUGCAUUUGAUUGCCCGUAUUUGUCAGAGAAGAUCACGCCUGCUAUACCUGCAAUCGGUGGGAUUCUUUUCUUUUUCGUGAUGGGGACCCUGCUGCGUACUAGUUUCAGUGAUCCUGGUGUCCUCCCCCGCGCAACACCAGAUGAGGCAGCAGAUCUAGAGAGACAAAUAGGUAACACUGAAGAUAUAGCAAAUGGCUCCAGUUCAGGAGGAUAUCGCCCCCCUCCCAGAACAAAAGAAGUGAUCAUCAAUGGACAGACAGUGAAACUAAAAUAUUGUUUUACUUGCAAGAUUUUCCGCCCACCUCGUGCCUCACAUUGCAGCCUUUGUGAUAACUGCGUAGAACGGUUUGAUCACCACUGUCCCUGGGUAGGCAACUGUGUGGGGAAAAGAAACUACAGAUUUUUUUAUAUGUUUAUUUUAUCUCUGUCCUUUCUGACAGUCUUUAUAUUUGCAUUCGUUAUCACCCACGUCAUCCUUCGUUCUCAACAAACAGGGUUCCUCAAUGCUCUGAAGGACAGUCCUGCAAGUGUGCUGGAAGCUGUGGUGUGUUUUUUCUCAGUAUGGUCCAUUGUUGGCCUCUCAGGUUUUCAUACGUAUUUGAUCAGCUCCAAUCAAACAACAAAUGAAGAUAUUAAAGGAUCAUGGUCAAAUAAAAGAGGUAAAGAAAACUAUAAUCCCUACAGUUACGGCAACAUCUUUACUAAUUGCUGUGCUGCUCUCUGUGGGCCCCUCUCUCCAAGCUUAAUUGACAGAAGAGGAUUUAUACAGCCAGAUACACCGCAAUUAGCAGGACCAUCAAAUGGCAUUACCAUGUAUGGGGCCACACAAUCUCAGAGCAACAUGUGUGACCAAGACCAGUGCAUUCAGAGCACUAAAUUCGUUUUGCAGGCUGCUGCCACCCCCCUCCUACAGAGUGAGCCAAGCAUAACUAGUGAAGAGCUCCCUUUGCCAGGAAAGACUUCUAUCAGUGGGCCUUGUGCAACUCUGACUCUAGGGCAACCAACACCACCAUCUUCUAUGCCAAAUCUCACAUCAGAUUCAGGUUUGACAGACAUCAUACCAUUAAAAGAGGAGCACGAAGGCCAUCAGUUUCUCACUCCUGAAGAAGCUCCAUCACCCCCUGGGAUGCUGCCAAGUGGAAGUCCUAUUACACACAGCCAUACAAUGCACGUCCUGAGUCUAGCCAGCCAGGACUCGUUGCAUGAAGACUCGGUGCGUGGUCUCGUAAAGCUUAGCUCAGUUUGAACAGCUUUUCUGAACAUCACACCAUUUCCUGGUGUCUAUACAGAUCUGUGCUUAACAGGAAUGACACUGCAGUACCACUGUAAGGCUUCAUAACAUGCCUGUAAUGGAAACUUUAUCACUUUAUGGAGUCUACUAAAAGGACAAGUUUUUUUUUUCAAUGGAGCUAUGGCAUUUUUUUGACCAGGUUGUUAACGGUUGUGCUUUGAUGCUGACUGCAUUUUACUUUUAAAUAAAACCAGAAAAGGUCAAUAAUCUCGUUUCCUGAAGCUUGGGUACAGCGAGUUGGAAGUCAGCCUGUACCAAACGCCAUGUACAGUACAAAAGGGAGAGAUUCUUGGAUGUAAGUGUCAUGCUCUGUGUUCUAUGCUCUUGUAAUACACACUUGUUACGGCUUACCACACCUGUGGCCAGAAUGAUCUGCACUUACUUGUUAUGCUACCAAUAUUUGAGAUAGGAAAUUACCAUUCCAUUUGUUAAUACAAAACAAAAGACUGCAGAUGUGGAUUUGCAUGCCACGCUACAGUAUGUGUUACAGUGGUGUUGGUAUUAAGAGAAAGUGCUGCUUUUUUAUUUGUGACUUUCAAAGUGCUGUUUCGUUUAAAGACAGUACAACAAACAAAUUAAUGGACUAUAUUUUUUGAAUUUAUUAAAUUUUAUUUUAAAUUAAUCAGUGGUGCCUAGAAGACGAUGAAUUACUGAUUUGAUCAUGUUGCAUAUCAUUUAACCUUCUGUUUAAGUGUUUAAGUGGGGUAUUGUGUUGUGCCAUACCACAAGAUUCUUCCACUCCCUAAUGUGAUACAAUUACCUGUGGACCUCCAAUAAAAUGACAUCCUCUAUUUCCUGGACGUGUACCGUUAUCCUUGCACAGUUUUCAUGGGGAAAGGGGGAAAUCAUGACUUGACUUAGUUUGUAAAAAUGUGGCUGGCAUAUAUGUACAUGAUAAAACUAGGGCUGUGGAGGAAUAGCUGGUUAGGAUUGCUUCACCAUUUUUUGUAGUUUUGUUUGAGAUGCGUAUUUGUUCCCAUAGGAGGUCUUUAUUUGGCACCAGUAGAAUUAACCUCUGCUUGCACUGUAAUUCAGUGUGGCUGAAGGGUGAAGGGCUUAAGAUUCACGACUAAGAGCUUAGUGAAGUAAUCUUAAAUGAUUAAUAGUCUGUAGCUGUUUCCCAGCCAUUGUUCAUCAUUUGUAUCUGUCCUUCGAUAUUUUAAAUGGAAAUCUUGAUUUCAUGGAAUUCUUCUGUGCUUUUUGUUUGCUUGUUUAUGUAAAGCACAACUACAGGGUUAAAGAGAAUUUUAUAAGUAUUUUUUGUGACAGCCGAAGAGAACCUUAGUUAGGCUGAAAAACUGUAAUAGCUUUAAUACUGUGUUUACCUGCUUUUCAGGGUGUGGAACCUGGAUUCUUCUUUUCCUAGGACAAAUUAUGUGCAGAAUGGGCUUUAUCUGAUGUUUCCAGGGCGUGAAAGCAUUCACCAGUUAAGAAAUGUAACAGUCCAUGGUCAUUCACUGACUCCAAGCUAAAAAUCUUUUUUCUUUUAACUUUUGUUGUUGAAAUUGAGAACAAUCAGCCUGCAGGAAAUCAUUCACCCAUGCUAUUGAAGAUUCAGACAAGAUACUGACAAAAUCCCUACUCCUGUAAGAUUUCAUGAGCAGUCUCUUUCUAAAAUUGAUGAUGUUAGCUUGGACCUAAUUCAGUGUGUAGAACAUAGCAAUGCUUUCUGUCUGUAAGUGCCAUAAUGAGCCAGAGAACCUCUGGCAGACAAAUCUGUCCCAGUUAUUUGAGCCGCUGAGGAAGCUCUGUCAGACAAGUCUGUCCCAGCUAUUGCAACCACCCUCCCAGGAUUUUCCAGAAGCUGGGACAGUCUGGAGUUCUUUCCACCAGCCAGAGUGUAGUGACUGACAUGUCCUAGUUGGCUGGGCUCCCAGUAAGCCGUGAGUUUCAGCAUUUCUGUGUCUGCUCUUGAAGAAGCCAGUGAUGCUCAUCUUCUUGAUUUCACCUUUCCCCAACAGACCUUCUUGGGUAUGAAGCCAUGAACAUCUGCAUUAAAGCAGGCAGUGGAGUGAGGACUGGAGAUACGGGUCUGAUAAACCUGGGAAAAGAAUCACAGCUUUGAGUCUGUACACCAGUACUUGAUGAAUCAUUCUCUUCUCUCAUAGGUGUCUGUGGGUAGUUAACUGUGCAUGCAUUACUCACUACUUAGAAGGGCAAGUCAAAUAUUUUUAAUGUGGUAUCAAAACUUUCCAUUUGUACAAGUCAUGAUGAGGAUGAAUAUUUUAAGGAAAUUGUUCUUUUUAAGUGUCCCUGAAAUAGCAGAUCGAUUUUAUGUUUCCAAGAAUACCAACUUCGUGACAACAUUUGUAUGUCACUGCCACUAGGGAGUAGUGAAGAAGGCUCUGUGCACAAUAAAAUCAGUGUCAGUUUUGACAUGAAAGGGGAGGGAGGGGGACAGGAUUAGAGUCUUUAUGCUGUUUGCCGUGUGCUCGUGCUUUUCACCAUCGUUUUUUGAACCUUCUCUUUUGUUUACAUGUGAAGUGUAAGAAUUGCGAAACAUUGGUGGGAAGAGCUGCUUCAAGCAUGUACUUGUUCAGGUGACUUUCUUUUCGUUUUGAAGAGGACACUCCUUUUUUCUAAACGUGCUGCCUAUGUUUUUAAAUUUGGCUUUUGAGAAUGCACUGAAUACUUUGAAUUCUUUUAUAGAUUUGUAUCACCCCUAUUUUAAGCCCUUUCCUCCCCAUCUGUUUUAAAUGGUGACAUCUUGAGCCUCCCAGACAUGCCUGCCUUGCGAGGACAUCUGCUGGAAGGCUUCGGAACUGAGUCCUGACCCAUCGGGAUCGGUAAUUGCAGCCUUUGACUGACAGCAGGCAGGGAUUCAGCAGCAGGUUCAUCAAAAGGUCCCUCUGACAGGGUUUUUGGGCCCUUCCACUCACCUCCAUCACACCUGCCUUCAGUCCUGGGCACUCCCCCCGUUGGAACUGCUGUAUAUAUCUGGAAUGAGUCAGCAAAGUAACCAUUCAUCACCUUCUCUACACAUUUGAUUGCUGAGAUAUUGUUUUGAAGUAUGAUUACAGAGCAUGCACACUAAGGAUCCAAAAUUACAAUCUUUGUGAAUACUGCACAGGGUUUUUUCUAUUUUUUUUCUGUGACAGUAUACUACUAUUAAAUAGCUCUUUCCAUGUUUGACUUAUAAAUCUAGAGUAAAAAAUUGAUAUUUUCAGAAGAGUAGGUUUUUUUCUUAAAAGCCUAAAGUCUUUGAAUGUGUAACAACUGGUUAGUUUAUCUGAUUUAAAAUAUUUAUUCUGCUUUGUUUUUUAAAUAAUAUUUCCCCCCAUCUAGUUGUCUAUAUAAUCUUCUUUGUAGAAUGAAAUACAGUGCUUCAUAAAAAAUUUUAAAGGCUCUUUAUUUUUGUGAUUUCUCAAAGACAUUUCUAUCUUGAAAGGGAGUCUUAUAUUCAUAGCAGUUAAACAGUAAUGUAACAGAUGUUCAAGGUUUACUGUAUUUUUGUAUUAUAGUACAUCCUUUGGCAACUUUUCAUCCCUUCCUGUGAACUCACAAUACAGGUAGGUGUAUUUCUGCAUUCCUUAAAAAUAAUCUUACAGAUGGAAGAUUAGCUGUUUUGCAGUUGAUCCUAGUGAAUGCUCCUAGAAGAAGCAAACAUCUCAAAAAACCCAAAGACAUGGUUAAGACAAAUUUAUAAAGGUCUUACAAAUGUGAUGACCAACUGGUGAUAAUGCAGGGGUUUUUUUUCAGUGGUUGUAGCAGUUCACAGUAACUAAAUGGUUGCCUAAUGCUCAAAAUCCUAAACAAAGGGGCUUCACUGGAGAACUAACAAAACUGAGCUUCUGUUUGUCUUUCAGUUCCCAAAUUCAAUAUAGAUUGAAGAACAACUCAGCAAUGUUGUAGAGAGAUCCUUACUUUAGUUAUAUUCUGGUUUAAAUUACAUGUGGGAACUGUCAUAUAUUUGCUGACUUACUCCUUCUCUCCCUUCUCCUCCUCAUUAGCAGUGGUACUCUGAAGCUGAACAUGGUGUGUUGGACCGUGGGCCAUUCGGAGUCUUGGUUUUAAAAGCCAGUUGGUGCCCAGAUGAUCUUGUUUUAGGGAGUGAUAUGAAAUGAAGCAGUACACCUCAACACAGUUUCAAAUACUCCUAGGCCCAAAAUAUGAAUGAAAUGUGGUCCAGACAGUUGCAUGUAGAUUUAGCUCACUUAAAUUAGAGCUGUCCUAGUUUUCAGGAUUCGUCUGGGUCAGGGCUCCCUGAUUUUGAUUGCAGUUUGACAUCUGAGUGCACUGUCUGGGCUACCAAAAGGCUCAUGAGAUUAAGUGAGCUAUUUAAACCUGUGGAUAUCUAGAUUAAUUAUGAGUCUUUGCAGCAAUUCUGUUCCAUCACAGAAGGCAGCUGUCUGUUAACAUUCAACCAUACAGUGUGAAAGUUCACCACAAACAGGACAAGUUGGGGAGGAGAACAAGUUUUGGAUGUUCUAAAGAGAUUAAAUAGGAGUUUGUUUCUAAGGUAGGUCAGAGAGGACAGGAAUAAGACGAUGAAAGGGAGAAGACUGAGUGAAAGCAGAACAGAGAUUAUCAGGUGACAUGGAGGAAACGAAGAAUUACCUUAAGCUGUGGAGGGAAAGGGAGGGGGUAUAAACAAAAAAGCCUCAUGGGAAAGAAAAUGAGGACAGCUAUCAAUAUUGAUCAAAUGAUAUUUUUAAAAAACCCAAACCAACAAUUACUCAUUGGUAUUCAUGGAUUUUUUUCUGAGAAAUUUCUUAAAAGUCAUUCUAGAAAAAAAAAUACUAGGUCAGACUUUUGAAAGAAAGUAAUUAUAGGAAGAUGGUAAGGAAAAUGUGAGGUUAGUUUGCCCUCAAGCUCCUCUCUCUUAACAUCUUUUUCUGUUUGUUUUGAAAAUACAUCUGUAAAUAUAAAAACAGGUGAAGUCUUGGCUCCUUAGAAGUUGACAGGAAUGUGAGGACAUUGACUAUGAUAAAAAUGGCAAUUGCUUUAGCAGCUUGAAUUUCCAUACUGUUAAUCGUUCGAGCAUUCUGUAUUUCUAUACCAGAAGUGCCAUUGCCUUGGAAAAAUGAAUGAUGUAGUAUGGUUUAGUGUUUCUUGGUGAUGCCUUCAUUGAAUUUGCUCAACCUUUAGUGAAGUGUUUCCCUAAGCAGUAGUCUCACCAAUUUCACAUGAAGCCUGGAAUUCAGCUUCUGUGAGUAGUGUGCAAAUAGGAAUUAAGACUACAGGCUACAUGAAGUUUGUGGUUUGAAAACUGGAAUUAUCUGUCCCACAGAGAUGUCUUUACUGUGCAAUAUAACAAAGUCAGUUCCACUGGCAGCAAAACACAAAUGACAGUGUUAUCUUGAUGUAUUUUAUGCACUUCCCAACUUUAGCUACACUGCCAGUUCUGAAAACCUGGAAAAACAGAACUAAGUUUAAUCCAAUCCUAAUUUAAAUAUCCUCAAACCCAGUGCUGGUAACAGCUGCUGGAAUUUAUCUGUGUGUAUUUAGGUGUAGUUACAGAAAGGACAUGAAGGGACCACUUGAAAACAACUUGGCUGAAUGAUCUAUGAUGUGAGGAGAACUCUUGCCUAAAGCCUUUCUUGGCUAAAGCCUUUCUUUAGCUCCUCUUAAAAGCAUCAUCAAUUAAGAAAAGCAAGCUCAAAAGUGUCUCGCUUUGGGGUUGUGCUCUGUAGUCUGUCCAUGGCAAUCUGCAGGGAUCCAAGUGCCCCAGGCCCUGCCAGCUCAGAGGGGGAAUGAGCUGGACAGCUUAGAGGUGGUACUUGCUAGGGAAUGAGCUUCAGAGAGCAGGGAGGAGCUCAGCCGAGGCAGUGGCACUGUGUUUGUGUGAAGGCUGUGAGCAAUCCCUGCCACAUGAGUGUCACCAAGCAUGAGGGGUUUGGUGGCAAAGGUGUUAAAGUCCUGGGACCUGCUUCCUGAGCCUUCUUUCAGGAGAGAGAGUACUAGUGCACAAUGGGUUCACUCAGGAACGUUCAUUUCUCUAUUUCAUGUUCUUCACAGUAGCUAGCAUGAGGCUGUGUUUUGGAUUUGUGCUGGAAACAGUUGGUAGUUCAAGGAUGUCAUGGUUUUCAGGCAACCACAACUUCAUUGCAAGAAAGAGAAAAUUGGUUACAGGAUUUCUAAUGUGUCUGCCCUGCUACCUGCUUUGUGGAACAGGUGAUGGUGAUUAUUGGCUGGAAUGGGAAGGACAUAGCUAGAAAAACUUUUGAUUUUAGUGAAAUGUUAAGUUUCCUUCUAUGUAGGUCACAGAAAAUUAAAAGCAUGCUCUGUAGCACUGACCAGCUAAUUUUUUAGCAUGCGGAAGAUACAUAAUAUUUUUAUGUACUUUAGUUUUUUGAAAUCAGAAGGAUAAACAAAGUUCAAAAAAUUUUUGCAGGUUCUGGAAACAACUGAAGAAACUUUUGGAACACAAAUGGUGUUUGAUUUUUAAAUAAACAGUAGAUGUUUAGUUUUUAUUUUAUUACAUAUAUAAAAUUGAAAUAAUAAAAAAUCACCUCGUAGUUCUUCUGUUGUUUUUGUAAUCACAAUGUCAUCAAAUGGUCUGGAAGGGAUGUUAAAGAUCAUCCAGUUCUAACUCCUCUGCCAUGAGCAGGUACACGCUUUUACUAGUUACAGGUGAAGAAGAAAACAAUGUUAAAUGCUUUCUUUUUGAUAAGUACAUGUGUAGUAGCUAUUUCUAAUAUUCUUGUCUUACUCUUGAAUAAUUUUUCUCUCUAAUGUGAAAGAUUUAAAAUUUUCUUCCAUGUGUAAAUGAAUGUUCUGUAACACACUGUACCUUGGUUUUUUAAUUAUUUAAUGGAUUUCUGAUAGGAUAAGUCAGGACUACUAAAAACAGUUUACACAAAUUGGGGGAAAAUCAAAACACUAUUUUUUAGUGUUUCUAAUUCUGUCACAAGACUUCACUUCAAUAGCAAUAGAUUUGUGCAGCAGAUAUGAGAUGACUUGCUCUGGAUUCCACAUACUGGCCCAUACAUGUAGGAAACCAGACUGAAAAAAACCCUAAAAAAUUUGCAUUGACAGCAAAUAUGUUACAGGAAAGGAAUAUAUGGGUGAGGAGGGAGAAAGAUGAUUUAAUCAGAAUGUUCUGGAUAUAAAAUGCCUGGGACUGAGUUUGCUCUAGCCUUUGGUUGAGUAUGUAUCCAUGUAAGUAUUUUAAUGCAUUUUUGAAAGUUGUUUUCUUUUUACCUCUGCUUAGCACUUAGACUCAAUCCAUGGAGCAGUCUUGUGAAACAAACUAGAUUUCUUUUAAAUAGAAAAUGAACCAGAAGGUAAGUUCCAGCAGCAUACCUAAUGCAAUCCAAAUGCUCACAGGACCAAACUGGAGCUGGUCCAGGGUUUCUGUCCUCAAAACAGAGGUAUGGAUAUGAGGUGAACCAAAUGUCUUGCUGCAGAAAUCUAUGCAUAUUAAACUCAUUGCUUAUGAAGGUAGAUGUAACCAUAGACUGAUUUUCCACCUGACUUGUGUUGUUCCUGUGGUUCAUAUGCUGAAGUUGUGCUCUUUCUUAGCUAAAAAAAAAAAAAAACAA